UCAGCUGAUCGAUUUUUGUUGUGAAACUCAUCACACAAAAAGAAAAGUCGCGAAAAAUAGAGGAAGAAAUUUAAAAAGUGUAAAGAAAAAAAAUUCUCAAUAAAUUAUUAUUAUACAAUAAUAUUAAAUAUUAUAAAAUUUUCAAAUGGCAACUAAAGUAGUCGCCACUGCAACAGUUCGUGCCUUGAAGGGAAGAAAAUUGUUGCCAACACGCGCAGCUCUAACAUUGACACCUUCUGCAGUACAACGUAUUAAGGAACUACUCUCACAGCAACCCGAAUACACCGGUCUCAAAGUUGGUGUUAGACAGCGAGGAUGCAAUGGUUUAUCAUACACCUUAGACUAUGCUAAGCAAAAGGACAAGCUUGAUGAAGAAGUUGCCCAGGAUGGUGUUAAAAUCUUUAUCGAUAAAAAAGCACAAUUGUCACUGUUAGGAACUGAAAUGGACUAUGUUGAAAAUAAACUUUCCAGUGAAUUUGUCUUCAACAACCCGAACAUCAAGGGCACAUGUGGAUGUGGCGAAUCAUUUAGUGUUUAGUAAAGUUUUAUAUUUUUAAUUUAAAUCUCUAUUACGCCUCGUUAUAUUUUCUCUUUAAAUUUAGCUUAGCUUAAUUUAAAUUAUUGUUCAAAACAAAACAAAAAAUCUUAGACACGACACACAAAAAUUAAUGUUUUUGAAGACCGUUGUAGCGCAUAUUUUUGCUUAUGAUAUUCAAAUAUUUUAAAAACAAAGUUAAUUAAUAAUAAUAAAAAAAAAGAUGUGCUUAUGAGUU